AUGCUCUGCAGGUCGUGCCGCCGCGCAAUCGCGGUAGCCAAACCCGCCUCGAACACCAUCGCCAGAGCUUCCGCCGCGAGCCUCCCGAUCGCAACCAGAAACUACUCCUCUCAACGUGCCGCUACCCCCCGAUCAAGCCCGUCUUCUGUCUUCGUAUACCGCCCGUCACUCCACAUCACUCAGACGGCUCCGACGCGGUCCUACUCGGCCGAGACGUCUCCAUCAACACCAUCCAUCGAAAAGCCCGACCACCUCGAUGCCGCCGAGUCGACGAUAUGGGACAAGCUGGUGGCCGAGUUCGCGCCCUCGGAGCUCGUCGUGCAGGACGUGUCGGGCGGCUGCGGCUCCAUGUACGCCAUCGACAUCACCUCGACCAAGUUCAAGGGCGCCAACAUGCUGAAGCAGCAGCGCAUGGUCAACGCCGUGCUGGGCGACAUGUUGAAGCAGUGGCACGGGGUCCAGCUGCGCACCAAGGCCCCGUGA